AUGGCCGCCAACAAGUUUGCAACCAUGUUACACAGAAACACCAACAAAAUCACCCUUGUUCUUGUCUACGCAAUCCUCGAAUGGAUUCUCAUAAUCUUUCUCCUCCUAAAUUCUCUUUUUUCAUAUUUGAUCAUAAAGUUUGCUGAUUAUUUUGGUCUCAAAAGACCCUGCAUGUGGUGUACUAGAAUUGAUCAUAUCUUAGAGUCCGGAAAAAACAUGAACCCUUGUAGAGAUCUUGUGUGUGAAGCUCAUGCUGUUGAGAUUUCAAAACUUGGCUUCUGUUCAAAUCAUCAUAAACUUGCUGAAUUAGAUGGUAUGUGUGAGGAUUGUUCACUUUCAGUUUCGUUUUUGUCGAAACCGAAUUAUGUUGAGUUGUCUCAAAGUAUUGAUUUUUUUCCAUGGAUGAAGGAGAUAGAUAGGAUUGAAGGUGGUGAUGGGAAGGUUGUUGAGAAAGAUGAAGAGGGUUUAAGGUGUUCUUGCUGUGCUGUUAACUUUGAUAACAGAUUUUACCCUCCUUGCAUUGUGGUUAACCCUUCUGUGAACAUUUUGGAAGAUUUGGAGUAUGAACAGAACUCAGAGAAGGUGAAUUUGAUCAAAGGAGAUGUGUUUGUUUCAGAAGAUGAUCGUCGUUUAGAUCAGAGCAGAUCAGAUUUUUCAGUUGUUCAUCAUGAAAAUCAAGACAAGAUUGAAGAAAAAAGUGGAGUUCAUUUGUUGUUUGAGGUUGAGGAGAAUUGUGGUUGUUCUGUUUGUGAUGGUGUCAAGGAAACUAUGGUUGAUGAUCUGUACAAGCUUGAAAUUGGUUUAGAGAAAGGGAAGGAAACGGCGGAAGAGGAAAGGUUGAAAUUGAUUGUUCCAAAGCCUAAGGAUGAUGAUGAUGUUGAUGAAGUUUGUGAUCUGAGUGGUGUUGAAGUUGAGAAAAUUGAGAAAAUUGAGAAAAUUGAGGAAAUUCAAACGAAACAUCUUGAUUUUUUCAUUCAUGGUGAUGAUUGUAGAUUGAUUCCUGUUGAAUUGGUUGAUUCCGGUGCCACAGAAAAUGGAAAUCAAAGUAGAUAUAACAAGGGGUUGGAUGAAGGGUUUAGAGAUAAUGAAGAUUUUAUUCUCGACUUCGAUGUGAAUAACACUGAUGCAGAAGCUGAGCCGUUAAUUGAGAAUUGGCACGUUUCGGGUGAUAUUGUGGCAGAAUUUUCAUGUCAAGAGAAGAAAAAAUUCUACAGGGUGAAUGAGGUUGAAUCAGGGUUACAAGUAGAACAAAAUUUGGAGCAGAAUUAUCAAGAUGUGAGAUUCGCUCAAACAGAUGAAGACUUGAGCAAGGAUGAUAAUGUUGAAGUUGAAGUAAACAUGGAGAGAAUGAUGCAUGGAGAUGGAGAACUAGGUUCAUAUGUUUCUCUAGCUUCUGAAGAUGCAUCACAAACUCAAAGUGAGGAAUAUGAAGCAGAAGUAUCAAUUGGGACUGAAAUUCCUGAUCAAGAACAUGUGGAGGAGUAUCAAGGCCAAGAUAUGCUUUUCGAAACAAAUCAAAGAAUGCAAGACGAUUCAUCUACUAGCUCAGUCAGAUUUCAUGUUCAACAUGAUAGUGGUCAUGACAAAGGCGAAGAAGAGUUUGUAGAGUUUAACACCAUGUCACUUGAAGUGAGAAUGCCAACAUCAAGUAACCAUAUUCCAUCAUCUUUUGAGCUUAAUGAGAACGAAGAAGAAAAGUUUUCCGACACACCAACGUCUCUUGAGAAUCUUCAUCAACUACACAAGAAACUACUUUUUCUUGAAAGGAAAGAAUCAGGAACAGAAGAUUCAUUGGAUGGAAGUGUAAUAAGCGACAUAGAAUGCGGUGAGGUGACGCUUGAGAAGUUAAAAUCAGCGUUGAAAUCAGAAAGGAAGGCUUUGAAAACUUUAUACGCAGAACUAGAAGAAGAAAGAAAUGCGUCUGCCGUAGCAGCCAAUCAAACGAUGGCAAUGAUUAAUAGGCUUCAAGAAGAGAAAGCAGCGAUGCAGAUGGAAGCUUUGCAGUAUCAACGAAUGAUGGACGAACAAUCCGAGUACGAUCAAGAGGCUAUGCAGCUUCUGAAUGAUCUUAUGUUAAAGAGGGAAAAAGAGAAGCAUGAGGUGGAAAAGGAGCUUGAAGUGUAUAGAAAAAAGGUUCAUGAAUAUGAGGUACGAGAAAAGAUGAUGUUAUCGAGAAGAGAUAGUAGCAUCAGAAGCAGAACUUCGUCUCUUUCUUGUAGUAACGCUGAGGAUAGUGACGGAUUGUCCAUUGAUUUCAACCAAGAAACAAAGGAAGAAAAUGGUUUUCACGGCAAUCAUCAAGAAUGCAGCAGCAACCAGAACACUCCGGUAGAAGCUGUCUUAUAUUUGGAGGAAUCAUUAUCAAGUUUUGAGGAAGAGAGGUUAUCGAUACUCGAACAGCUUAAAGUAUUGGAAGAAAAACUAAUUAUCUUGAAUUAUGAAGAAGACCACUGCUUUGAUGAUGAUAAUACAUCGAUAGAACAUCUUCGUGAAGAGAACGGAAACGGAUAUCACGAUGGCGAUCAUGAUCAUGAUGAUCACCAAGGUCAGGUAAAUGGAUUUGUAAACGGAAAUGGAAAGCCGCAUCAAGGGAGGAAAAUCACAGCCAUAAAAGCUAAGAGGCUUCUUCCACUUUUUGAUGCAAUCAGUACAGAAACAGAAGAUAUAGAGUUGAGUGGAGAUGAAAAUGAAAAUGAAUUAGAUUUUUCUCAGUUGCAAAAUAUUUCGGCUGAAAAGGCAAAUUUGGAUAAGAAAAAGGUUGGUUUAGAAGAGGAAGUGGAUCAUGUUUAUGAGAGACUACAGGUGUUGGAGGCAGAUAGAGAGUUUCUAAAGCAUUGUAUCGGUUCAUUGAGAAAAGGCGAUAAAGGGUUAGAUCUUCUACAAGAAAUUUUACAACAUCUACGCGAUCUGAGGAAUGUUGAACUCAGAGUCAAGAACACAGGAGAUCUUGCCGUGUAA